AUGGCGGACGCGGGACCGGGAGUGGGAGGGGAAGUAGGAGGAGGCAUACCCAGCUACAAACAGCUGAAAGAAGACUUCGUCUCCAACCUGUCGGGCGGAUCUGCGAUUGAGAUUGCCCAGGUCUGCGCCGUGGCACCUGUCGUCUCCCUCCUCUGGUCCGUCCUCCAAGCCCGCCAGUCCUUCUUCAAACCCUACACCCCGAUCGCCUUUGUCGUCGACUUCCUCCUCAACGUCGGCGCCCUCCUCCUUUCCGUGACCCUCUACUCUCGCGUGCCCCUCCUCCUCAACAUCCUCCUCUUACUGCCUGCCGGCCUCCUCUACCUCGACUCCACCGGUGGUUCCCCCCCGCGCCGAAAGAAACCCCAGGUGCCUCCCCAGGCCCAGAAGCAGCAAGAUGACACCAAGACAUCGGCAGGAGGGCUCUCUACCAAGCCCUUCCUGACCAACUACCGCGGCAACAUGCUAGUCGUCACCUGCAUCUGCAUCCUCGCCGUCGACUUCCGCCUGUUCCCCCGCCGAUUUGCCAAGGUUGAGACCUGGGGAACGUCUUUGAUGGAUAUGGGCGUCGGCUCGUUUGUCUUUUCUGCUGGACUCGUCGCGUCCCGCCCCUUGCUCAAAGAGCGCGCCAACGGCAACCACACCACACCACUCGCCACCCGUCUGAUACGCUCGCUGCGGCACUCGUUGCCCCUGCUCGCGCUCGGCGUGGUCCGGCUGCUCAGCGUGAAGGGCCUUGACUAUGCGGAACACGUCACGGAGUACGGAGUUCACUGGAACUUCUUUUUCACUCUGGGCUUCUUGCCGCCUCUUGUCGCCCUGUUCCAGUCCGCCCUUAAACUCGUGCCCUCCUACGCCGGCCUUGCUCUCCUGCUGGGCGUGUUGUACCAGGUUGUGCUGGAGAGCACCGACUUGAAAGCCUACAUCCUCACAGGGCCUCGAGUCGACCUCCUAUCCAUGAACCGCGAAGGAAUCUUCAGCUUCUGGGGCUACCUCGCCAUCUUCCUGGCCGGCCAGGACACCGGCAUGCUCGUUCUACCCCGCAAUCUCUCCCCCUCCUCUACCGGAUCCCGCCGUAAAACCCUCCUCCUCCAUCUCGCUGCCCGUUCCGCCCUCUGGACUGCUCUCUACCUCCUCACCACCGACUACACCUACGGCGCCGCGUUAACCGUCUCCCGUCGCAUCGCCAACCUGCCCUACAUCCUCUGGGUCGUCGCCUCCAACAGCGUGCUCCUCCUCGCCUUCGCCGGCGUCGACACACUCUUGUUCCCGGCUUUCUACCGCGCCCAGGAUGUCAAGACCGAAAAGGAAGUGUAUGAGACUGCCACGAGCCGGGUGUUGCGCGCGUAUAACCGGAACGGCCUGGCCGUGUUUUUGCUGGCGAACCUGCUGACGGGGCUGGUGAACAUGACUGUGCGGACCCUGGAUGUCGGGCGGAUUGCGACGAUGGGGGUAUUGGGGGGGUAUAUGGUUGUGGUCACGGGGGUUGCGGUGGGGUUGGAUGUGUAUGAUGUUAGUAUUAAGUUGUGA